AUGGCAUUUUUUAGAGGAAGAUUACGGCCUAUUCUCGGGCUCAUUACCCUUGCAAUAGUAGUUAGUACCUGUUUCCUUGGACUCUCGCUGUUAACAGAAGAGUUUAACCAGGGGAUUGUUUCAUCUAUACAUCAGUGGUCGCCACCAUCCUGGUUAGUUAAACCGUCGAAUGGAGCCAAGUCAGUGAAUGAGGCUAAGCCACAGAGUGAGGACAAGCCAUCGAGUGAAAGCAAGCCACAGAGUGAGGACAACUCAUCGAGUGAGGACAAGCCGGAUGAUGCAAAAAGUUCUCUGCUGGACCUGUUGACACAAGAAGGGCCUGAUGUGGUCGCCUUAUGGGAUUUACAAGAGCGUUGCAAGCGAUACUUUGAAUUGACCUACCGAAAAGAGCCCGCUUGGUCUAAUCAAGUUCCUUUCUUAUCAAGGGAUAUCAUAUCAGAUGCCUCGUAUUCCGCCAAGUUAAUGGAAAGAUGGAGAAUAUUUGCGGAUUGUUUUAUUGAGGGAAAUGAGCCUUUAUCGACUACUCUCGAUGGUAGAGUUGACAUAUUUGACUUCCAGCAACGUAUGUACCCCUUUUUGACUAAAGUUCGGCGUUGGGAAGAAAUUUGGCCUAUGAUAACAGAUCUCAAUACAGGAGAACAGUAUCAGCCUGGUCAUUUGAAAGAUGGACAGAGAUUAACUAUUGACGAUAAUUUAUCGUUCUGGAAAAACUGGCAAUUAUUCUCGAAAGGUAGAGGUAUAACAAUUACGGCAGGUGCUGAACAUGUCGAAAUGCUUCCUCGGCUUCUAAAUGUUCUUGAUCACAUCGGUAAUACUCUGCCAAUAGAACUGAUAAAUGCGGCAGACCUACCUCCAACGACCAUUGAUAAAAUUGCUAAAUAUGUUCAGAUGAAAUCUAACCAAACUGUACGCCUGGUCGAUUGUGGCAAAACUUUGGAACACAGCUAUCGCUCAUUGAUUACUGGUUUCCGUCAUAAAUGGCUAGCCUAUAUCUUUAACACUUUUGAGGAGGCGGUAUUCAUAGACCUCGACGCUGUGCCAUUUGUCGAUCUUGAAAAGUUAUUUGAAGUCGAAGGCUACAAGUCCGAAGGCAUAUUAAUGUUUAGGGACCGCUCCUAUGAUGGUGAGAAACCAGAUGAUUGUCCAAAAGCUAUGCGUAUAAUGAUGCCAUCGCCAAAAGAGCAUACUAUGUGGCAGCAUGGAUCAAAUUAUGAUAAGCAGGUAGCUGAAGAUGAACUGACUAAGAAACCAAGAGAUGCUGGAGCAGCAACAUUUUAUAUCAAGUAUAUGGAAGGUAAGUCGUUCCAUAUGGCAGAAAGUGGGCUUAUAGUUAUGCACAAGAACAAGAAGUUACCAUCUCUUCUCAUUUCACUGAUGUUGCAUAUGACCUUCGAAACGCAUUUGUGUUCACAUGGGGACAAAGAGUACCUCUGGCUUGGACAAUUAGUAUCGGGAGAAAACUAUUACGUGGAUCCCCGUCCGCCGGCUAUAAUAGGCGUACCGCAGCUAGUUAGUAAUCAUGGUCAGGUAGAUGAGUAUAAGAUAUGCUCCGCGCAAAUAGCCCACAUGGACGAUGAUGGGUCUAUAUUAUGGGUUAAUGGUGGAUUAAAAAAUUGUAAAUUUGAUGCUGUGGAAAGGGACUUUGAAGAUUACACGGAAUACUUCUCUAAAAAAUACAUCAAUAAAGAAAAUCUUCAGAAGUUUUAUGAUCUUGAGGUGGAUAUGCAGAUGGCAUUCAUUCCUGACUUUGUUGAUAGCGAUUGGGUCAAAGCACCAGAAUGUAGAGCCUUUACAUGGUGCUCAACCAUUAAAGCAGAUUCAAUGGAAGGUGCUGAAUACCAAUCAUAUAUUAUAAAGAAAGGCGACCCUCGAUUGCGUGAAUAUAACAAAAUAGCCGAAAUCUGGAGCAAAGCGCCAUAUCUGAGCAGUAUAGCAUAA